AUGUCCUCGUCGACGAAGCAGUAUUCGUGGGAGCGCGUGCUGGCGUGCUGUGACUCCUUCAAGGGGACGCUCACCGCGUGCGACGCCGGCCUCGCCAUUGAGCGUGCGUUCCGCGGCUUCGAGAAGGGCGGUUCCGCUCGGGUGGAUGUGGUGCACUGCCCCAUGUCCGACGGCGGCGCCGGCCUGCUGGACAGCCUGCUCUUUCCGGACCACUCGCAGCUGUCGUCGCCGUACACCUUCACCAAGGUGGAGGUGCCGACGGCUGGCGCCACCGGCUCCGCCGAGCUGCCGCAGCCGCCGCUUGUUGUUGGUCCGUUGGGCGAGCCGCUGAACUGCGUCGGCAGCGCCUACCGGCCGUACUUUGCGUGCGACGUGGCGAACAGAGUGGUUGUGGUGGAGAUGGCCAUUGCGGCGGGCCUGCCGAUGGUCCCCGAGGAGGAGCGGAACCCGCUGCGCACGACGAGCUACGGCGUGGGCCAGGUCAUCAAGUACGCCGUGGAGUACGUCGCGACCCAGCAGCGCCGCAUGCACGGCCCCGACGCUGACGGCGGCGUGACGGUGUUUCUCGGCAUCGGCGGCAGCGCCACGAACGACGGCGGGCUUGGCGCGCUGCAGGCCCUUGGUCUGGAGAUGCUCGUGAAGGGCAAGCUUGGCGGCGCCGAGCCACUGAGCACGCCGUUCGUCGGUGGCGACCUGGAGCGCCUCGUGGGCGUGCGCCCCACCCCGGCGUUCCGGCAGAUGUUCUUCUGCGCCGCGGGAAGCUGCAGGAGGACGCCGUACUGCAGGGAGGUGCGCCUGAUCGUUGACGUGGCCAGCCCGCUGGUUGGCCCGGACGGCGCCACGGCGAUCUUCGGGCCGCAGAAGUGUUCCUCUGCGUGGGACAAGGCGCGCCGGGAGUCCGUGCUGGCGCGGCUGGAGCGCGGCAUGCUGAACGCCUCCGCUGCGGUGGCGCGGAGCAACCUCCACGGGAAGGCCGCGAGCGAGGCGGAGAUGAAGCGGCGCCUGGACGGCCUGCGCCACACCCACGGCGGUGGCGGCGCCGGCGGCAUGAGCGGCCUCUUCCGCUACAUUGCGGCCGCGAAGUGGAUGUCCGGCGCCGACGUUGUGGCGGAGCUGCUGGGUCUCCCGGCGAAGCUGCAGCGCUGCGACUGCAUGAUCACCGGCGAGGGCUCCUUUGACGAGCAGACGAUCCGCUUCAACAAGACGCUGGGCAGGCUGCUGCAGAUGGUGGUGCUGGAGAACGUGCGCCGCGGCGGCGCCGGCCAGCAGCUGCUCGGGGACGUCCUGGUGAUCUGCGGCCGAACUUCCUAUCGGGACGAGGAGGAGGUGCAGCGUGUGCUGCUUGACCACAUGCGCAAGCAGAAGGAGCACGACGACGCCGCCGCGCUCGCCGCCGCCGUCCCGCGCGUGCACCUGCUGGCGCUCACGCCAGACCACUUCCCUGUGUCGGAGGCGCUGGGCAAGGCGGGCGUGUGCGUGGAGGAGCGCAUGAGGCGCUUUCUGGCCGGAGAAGAGAGGCCGGCCGGCGAGGGCCGCGCGGUGGUUCCCGUCGCUGAGAAGAAGCACCCUAAACUGUAG